CUUAGACAGCCAGUCCCUCGGCGAUGCUCAGCCGACACCACGCCACACAUUGAUCACCGAUCGCCAGGAUUGAUCGCCCGCCAGCUGAUCCCGCGGUGCAGAGCAGAAGCCAGACCAGUGUGCCCCCCUCUCCGGAGCUCCAGGAACAAGACGCAAAAAUGUCAGAGAGGAGAGGUCAGAAGAAGUCCGUCUUCCUGUCCUCAUUAUUGGUGUGCUGUAUGUUUGCUAGUGCAGAAUAUUCCAGCUGUGGAGAGUAUGAGUUCUUCAACCAGACCAGUAACAGCUGCCAGGCCUGCCCUCAGUGCCAGCCGGGACAAGAGCCGCAUAUGACCUGUGGCUACGGUGUGAAGGAUGAGGACUUUGCCUGCGUGCCGUGCCCGCAGGGGAAAUACUCCAAAGGAAAGUAUGAGAUCUGCAGACGCCAUAAAGACUGCGAUGCCCUCUACAAAGCCACCGUCCGCGUACCGGGAACUCCGGACAGCGACGCAGAGUGUGGACCCUGUUUACCGGGGUAUUACUUGCUGGAAAACAAACCCAGAAACGUCUACGGGAUGGUCUGCCACUCGUGUCAGAACGCACCUCGCAACACCAAAGAAUGCACACAAACCAGCAAGCCAAAGGGAAAACCUCUAAUCGACCCUGGCAGCACAACUGUAUUCCCUCAUUCUGAUAAAGAUUCUCCAGGACAGGGUCACCUAGCAACAGCUCUCAUUAUUGCCAUGUCAACGAUCUUCAUCAUGGCCAUCGCCAUCGUUCUCAUCAUCAUGUUUUACAUCCUGAAGGCCAAGCCGAGUGGUCAGGCGUGUUGUUCCGGACAAGUUGUGAAAGCAGUCGAGGCUCAGACCAACAAACAGGAGGACAAGAAAGAAGUCCCUGACAACGUGGUGAUCUACGCAGAGAAAGACGAGUUUGACAAGCUGAAAGCUCCUCCUCAGAAGACGGUGAAAAGUGAAAACGAUGCGUCAUCAGAGAACGAGCAGCUGCUGAGCCGCAGCAUUGACAGCGACGAGGAGGCGGCAUCAGAUAAACAGGGAUCAGCCGAGACCACGAACCCCAACCCCAACCUUUGCCUCGUCAACCUGGGCAACAAACCUGACCUCUGCCUGCUCUCUCUGGGGCUCUUGGACCGCGGCCGUGCCUGCAACGGCACCGGUGCCGUUGCGCCCGGCCAGGCCAAUAACCUCCCGAGUCCCAACCACAUCAACAACGUCAACCACAUCGCCGGCAGCAACCACAUCAGCAGUGUGAACGCGAUCAACAACAACAAUAAAACUCCAGGGAUGCUACAGAGCCGAAGGAAAAAGAUUCUAGAUCUGUAUGCCAGAGCCUGCAAUGUGACUGAGGGCCUGAGCCCGACAGAGCUCCCCUUCGACUGCCUGGAGAAGGCCAGCCGCAUGCUGAGCUCCUCCUACAGCAGCGAGGCGGCCGUGGUGAAGACGUGGAGGCACCUGGCAGAAAGUUUCGGGCUGAAGCGCGACGAGAUCGGCGGCAUGAGCGACGGCCUGCAGCUCUUUGAGAGGGUGAGCACGGCGGGCUACAGCAUCCCCGACCUCCUGACCCGCCUGGUGCAGAUCGAGAGGCUGGACGCCGUGGAGUCGCUCUGCGCCGACGUGCUGGGCAGCGGCGAGGUGGCGGCGGUGGCUGGACGCCCGGGUAUCAGCAGCUUUCACAGCCAGUUAGUCUGUCCUUCACCUUGCCCGUCUCCAUCCCAGCGCUGCGCCAGCGUCUAGAUAUGUGGUGGAGCAGAGACUUGAGAGACUUGAGAGACUUGGGUGCCUUACAGAGCACAUGUAUGUAAGGACAGAUGCUGCUCUGACAAGGACAGCACAUAUACAGUAUACACAUUACCCCAUCACAUGAAGAAUGUCAGUGGACUCCCUGUCCACAAUCCUUUUUCGCUAUAAUGGGUUUUCUGCAUAAUAGUCCGCUUUAAAUUUGAGAGAAAUGAAAUAAUCAAAGACCUCAGCUUCAGGUUUUUCACUUGUUUUCAGAUAUUUCUCUUCUGCAAGAACAUAAUAAUCAGAAUUCGUUGAUGUGGUUUUUGUCUUUCUCAAGUGCUACAGAACUUCAGUGGAGCGUGCGCUGGACGCAACACAACACGUUUUUCUUUACAAAAUGAAAUUUAGCACAGAUUUCUAAAAAAAAAACUUUUCAUAACGAUGCAAUGGUGUGCUGCUGGAAAUGGUCGCUGUGCAGCUCUACUGCGGCAGCGGCAACAAAGUGCCUUCAGACCGAGGAUGCUUUCUGAGCUGCACUCUCACGGAACCUUCUGAUCGGGACCAAAUCCUUGUCCUUCAUCCGCAGUCGAAGAAACCAGAUGUUUGUGUCCGUAUAAAGAAAGUGACCUAGUUUAACCACAGCAUCAAUUAAAAUUCAUAACUGUGCUUUUGGCCGCGCUGUCAUCACACAGGAAAGACAGCAGAUUCGAGCUCCCUACUUAAAAUGCGCUUAUUAUACACAGCUGGAAAUGCUAAAGCAUCGUUCGCCUCAGCUUUUAUCUGGUAAACUCGCUUGUGAACUUUGGGCAUUUGUGGACGCCCUUGUGUCUCUUGCUGAAUUGGGAUCUCACCAGAAAACACGCAACAGUAGACGAGAGCAGAUCGUGAUAUUUUUAUUUCUGUGGAUUUUUUUUUUUUUAGGAAAAUAUCAAUUUUGGGUUGACCCUGCAAUCUUGUUUAGUUUAAAACACAAGUUUUAUUCAUUGAUUAACAUAUGUGUGGUAAGUGUGGAAUCGGUGAUCACAAGCAGAUGUAGUGUACGGAAAAGUUCAACCAACCACCUCACUUAAAACCCCAAAACACAUGGACUCAUUUUACGUGGUGUGUUCAGUGUUGGAGCAUUAAUCCCAUACACCGAACGAGCGCGGCGUUACUCGCACACGUGUCCGCAAUCCUCUUUCUACAACUUUAACGCGCAGAUCAGCCUACUCUGUUACUGCAGCUACUUCCUCAGCAGUGACCCAGUCUGUGACCCUGCUCAUAACUCUGCCUCUUCCCCCCUCGUGCUCCCCGAUGCUGCGGUCUAGUGCCGCCGCCAGCCCUAAUUAUUUGGCGUGUGGCUCCCCGUGCCCCUAAUAGGCUGAAGUGUUGUGGUUUACAGAGCGGGUGCAAAGUGCCUGUGAUUUCCAGCACCUAAUUAAGCAUUUAGGGCCACUUAACCACUGAAAGCCCAGUGGAAAAGCUGUAAAAAGCCUGCUUUAAAAAGAGCGAUGCCAGGGCAGAGGAAUGACUAACUGCCCGCAGGGGUUGCUGCACUGUGAGCGGCGGGAGAAUGGUGCCGGCCGCGACGGAGGCAGCUCUACGGUCGUUCUAUAACGUCUGAUUUUAUUCAGCUUUUGUGGUCGGCUCAGUCAUGCUCAGACAGGAUUUAAGCUCCCCUCUCGCCUAUGGGACCAAUAUGGCAAAUGAGAACAAUAUGCAGUUGUGUGAGUCCUGAAAAGCAGCUGAAGCCCGUUAGAUGCUGUACGUACAGUACAGAGAGCUCUGAUAAGCUUCGGGGUUAAAGCUCAUGAGCAGCAUCGAGUUAAUCCUCAUUUUUAACUUUAAUACAGUGAUGAUGUCCGCGGUGAAGACGCUGCGGGUCAAGUCACCUGAUUUCUGUAGCAGUUAAGCUUCCAAACUCAGGAGUAAGCUCCACAGUCCAAUCAACGCCAAGACUCACUUUGACGUCUUGGGAACAGGACUGGUCUUUAUCUGAUGUUGUCUGCAUUAUGUCCCCUGUCUGAUCUGCACAGAUUCUUUUAUUUUUUUUCCCCCUUAAUGCCUUUUUGUUCAUAAUUUGCAUUGCAAUCUGGGGCUGGACUCCAGUACUUUAAAUUAAUUAAUGUGCAUGCUCAUUAAGUGUGUAUCCAUAAAUUUGUUUGUCUUCGAUCUAAAGCUCACACUUAAAUAUUCUUCUCGGAGCAGAUUUGUCCUCAUCGAGUCCACUUCAAUUCAAAACAGAUUCUUUUUUUUUUGCUGUUGUUUUAUGCUGUUGAAGUUUUGUUUGAAAAAAAAAACAAAAAGAAAAAAACAUUAAUUGGUGGACUGAAUUGAAAUGAACUGUUUUCAGACCUGACUUAUAUCAUGCUGAUAUGACGAUGUACAGAAGCCAAACAUGAAUUACUUACCUCAGUAGCACAUACAGUAUAACAGAACAUGUAGAAACACACAAACUCUUCACAGAACCAAAGUGUAAAUGUAUAUAUAACUUAUUAUUGUACAUAAAGUAUACCUUAAUAAAGAUGUAUGGCUGACAUUGCAUGGCAUUUGAAUUUAAUACCGUAGUUACUGACUGGUAAGUAUAAAAGCUUUGUUAUUACAGUAUUCCCAGACUUAUAUGUGAUUAAAGGAUUUCUUGU